AUGGGCUUCCUCUUCUCUUUUGCUUUGGUUUUUCUUUCAUUUGCAUCUUUAUCAGCCCUUCAAACUCAAACUCAAGAAAUAAAAUCAGCCCGCCUUCUCGAUCUUGUCAUCAGAGAUUACACUUUCAAAUCAUACAACAAAUACUUUAGGACAGGUAAACUACACCAGAUCAAGUUACCAGCAAAUCUCUCGGGCAUUACAGUUGAUGCAGUGCGAUUUCGUUGUGGUAGUCUGCAAAGGUAUGGUGCCAAAAUCAAGGAAUUACAUCUGGGAAUAGGUGUAACCGUGCAUCCUUGCAUUGAAAGAGUUUUGAUAGUUAGACAAAAUCUUGGAUCAAACUGGUCAUCUAUAUACUACGAUAAUUAUGAGUUAUCAGGUUAUCGACUUAUUUCGCCUGUUUUAGGCCUACUAGCAUAUAACAUUGGUGACAGCAUAAAAUUUAGUACUCCAUCUGAGCUCGGGAUUCAGGCCGCGAAACAACCGAUCACUAUAGAUUUCAGCAAUAUGACAAGGCUCAAUAUCACAUCAGGGGUCAUACCUUUGUGUGUAAGUUUUGAUCACGAUGGAAAAGUGACGCUGACUAAUCAAGCGUCGUCUAAUACUUGUGUUGCAACAAGGCAUGGUCAUUUUGGAUUGGUCGUCGAAUCACCAUUAAUACCAUUGAAAAAGAAGACUUUAAGCAAGUGGAAGAUAAUGAUUGGAAGCACGAUUGGGGCUGCAUUAGGCGCGUUUCUUCUGAGUUUGUUGCUCAUCGCGAUGUUUGUUAAUGCGAAGAAGAAGGCAAGAAUGGACGAACUUGAACGGAGGGCGUAUGAAGAGGAAGCUCUACAAGUUUCAAUGGUUGGGCAUGUAAGUACUCAUACUGCAUCUAUUACUCGGACCAUGCCUAGAAUUGAGCAUGAUGAUGAGUAUACAUAA